AUGGACAGGUUGCACUCCUCCAUGCGUAAAAGGCUCUACAGUUUGCCACAGCACAUUGGCCAGAAAGCAUCUAUAAUGGGCGAAGGAGAAGACGCAGACAAGGACACCCGGAGGAAGAGUAUCAGGAUGAAGCCUCUCCCGUCACCGUCGCCGACCUCUGGGGGAAGCUGCAAAGGCAUCGGGGAGACCAAAAGUGGGGAGUCUGGGAUCAUGGAGACGGACAUAGGGAGACCGAUGAAGACCAGCUCAAAUGGGGACUGUCGGAGGUUUCGAGGCAGCCUCUCGUCCAUCACAAGUCGGCAUGUGCACGACUCUGACUCGGCGGAGGAGAGGCGUCUCAUCACCGAAGGGGAUGUCACCCCGAGCGAGGAGAGCCCCCCCGGAGCCAUCGGUGAAGGGCCGCCGGACCAAGACGCGCAAGGGGCCAGCGGUGGUGGCAGCGGCGGCGGUGAUGGUGCCCAGAAAGACAGCCCGGACCAGCAGCCGGGGUUCAUAAAGUUGGACGGCAUUGAUCAAAUUCUGCCGGACGAUGAGAGAUUAUAUCAGGCCGGGUUCAUGCACAGACAGUUUGGAGCGAUGCUUCAACCAGGGGUCAACAAGUUCUCCCUGAGGAUGUUUGGGAGUGAGAAGGCUGUGGAACGGGAGCAAGAGCGGGUUAAAUCCGCAGGAUUUUGGAUAAUUCACCCGUACAGUGAUUUCAGGUUUUACUGGGACUUGACCAUGCUGCUGCUGAUGGUAGGAAACCUUAUCAUCAUCCCUGUAGGCAUCACAUUCUUCAAAGACGAGCACACACCUCCCUGGAUUGUCUUCAACGUAGUCUCUGACACCUUUUUCCUCAUGGAUCUGGUGCUUAACUUCAGGACCGGUAUUGUCAAAGAGGACAACACGGAGAUCAUCCUGGAUCCGCAGCAGAUCAAGAUCAAGUACUUGCGGAGCUGGUUUGUGGUGGACUUUAUCUCCUCCAUUCCUGUGGACUAUAUCUUCCUCAUCGUGGAGACACGUAUCGACUCAGAUUUCUAUAAGACGGCACGGGCUUUGCGGAUUGUUCGCUUCACAAAGAUCCUCAGCUUGCUGCGACUGCUGCGUCUCUCUAGACUCAUUCGCUACAUCCACCAAUGGGAAGAGAUCUUCCACAUGACUUAUGAUCUUGCCAGCGCCAUGGUGAGGAUAGUCAACCUGAUCGGCAUGAUGCUGCUGCUGUGUCACUGGGACGGCUGCCUGCAGUUCCUGGUGCCCAUGUUGCAGGACUUUCCCGCCGACUGCUGGGUGUCCAAAAAUAAGAUGGUGAACGACACGUGGGGACAGCAGUACUCCUACGCACUCUUCAAAGCUAUGAGCCACAUGCUGUGUAUUGGCUAUGGCAUGUACCCCCCGGUGGGCAUGACAGACGUGUGGCUGACCAUCCUCAGCAUGAUUGUGGGUGCUACCUGCUACGCCAUGUUUGUUGGCCACGCCACCGCUUUAAUCCAAUCCCUGGACUCAUCUCGACGGCAAUACCAGGAGAAGUACAAACAGGUGGAGCAGUACAUGUCCUUCCACAAGCUGCCAGCGGAUAUGAGGCAGAGAAUCCAUGACUACUAUGAGCAUCGUUACCAGGGCAAGAUGUUUGACGAGGAGAGCAUCUUGGGAGAGCUGAAUGAGCCGCUGCGAGAGGAAAUCAUCAACUUCAACUGUCGAAAGCUGGUGGCGUCUAUGCCUUUGUUUGCCAACGCGGACCCGAACUUUGUCACCUCUAUGCUCACCAAGCUGAAGUUUGAGGUUUUCCAGCCGGGGGAUUAUAUAAUCAGGGAGGGCACCAUCGGCAAAAAGAUGUACUUCAUACAACACGGGGUUGUCAGCGUGCUCACUAAAGGCAAUAAAGAGACCAAGCUUUCAGAUGGCUCCUACUUUGGAGAGAUUUGUUUGCUGACGCGGGGCAGGAGGACAGCCAGUGUCCGAGCGGACACAUACUGUCGUCUGUACUCACUGUCUGUGGACAACUUCAAUGAGGUGCUGGAGGAGUAUCCUAUGAUGAGACGAGCCUUUGAAACUGUGGCGCUGGACAGAUUGGACCGUAUUGGCAAGAAAAACUCCAUCCUGCAACACAAGGUGCAACAUGACCUCAGCUCUGGGGUACUUAACUACCAGGAGAAUGAGAUCAUUCAGCAGAUUGUGCAGCAUGACAGGGAUAUGGCCCACUGUGCCCACCUCAUGCAGAACGCCCCACCUCAGACGCCUCCAUCGCCUACACCUGUUAUCUGGGCUCCCCUCAUCCAGGCCCCUCUACAGGCAGCAGCAGCCACAACUUCAGUAGCCAUUGCCCUGACACACCAUCCCCACCUUCCACCGACUCUCUUCAGGCCUCCAGUUUCAGUUCUCAGUUCCCUAAAGGACCCUCCCAGUCGUCUAAAAAAAUUCCAUACCUUCGUUCCUCCAUCCACAUCACCUGGGUCUGCUGGGGGCUCUCCCUCUAGCACACCCUCUAAACUGAGCAGUGGGGUGGACAUGCCUUUGCUAGCCUCUUUUCGGGCUCAGCAUAUGACGUCAGGAACAGGAGCAGCUGGCUCCAGCCAACAGGCCUCAAGUAGUGGUGGCAAACGUGGACCUAGUGGGGGUGGUUCUGGCUCCAGUGGAGGAGGGGCCUUUCCCUUUGGAAAUUUCUCCUCCUCUGGUUCACCCUCAUCUAGUCUGGCCCAGCUACACCCACAGCCACAGCAUCAACAGCCUUUCCGCUCCAGUACCCCACCUCUCUCAAACCUUCUCCGCCAAGGGUCUACAAGUGGCAGCACAGGUUCAGGAAUAAGUGGGGGGGCUGUUGUAGCCUGUGGUGGUGCAACAGGGUGGUCUUCAGGUGGAGCUGUUGGGGGGUUGGUGGACGGAGCCACUGGAGGAGAUGCUUCUUGGGCUGGAGAGGACUUUACAACUGGGACAACAGAAAUUACUCCUGUUGGGAACUUUGGGCUAGGAGGUGCUUCUUCUGACUCAGUUGGCGAGAUCUCAGGGGAAUCAAUGGGAGGGGUAUCUGAGGGAUCUGUUGUUGCUGCUUGUAGCAGGUUGGCAGGUGGGGCAUCAGGGGUACCAAUAGGGGGCAUCACCUUAGGGCCAAUAGGAGAUGCAACCAAAAGAUCAGUGACAGGGACAUCCAAAGGAUCAUUUAAAAGAGCUUCCAGAGGAUCAGUGGAAGGGUCCUCUGGAGAAUCAACUGUAGUGACAACCACUGGGGGGUCUUUAGGUAGGGCCUCUGGUGGGUCAGUAGGAGUGGUCUCUGGAGGACUGACAGGCGGAGCCCUCGGGGGAUUACUUGUAGGAACUUCUGGUGAUUCAAUGGGAGGGAAUCCUGGAGCAAUAUUAGGAAGGGCUUCUUUUGGAUCAACAUCUAGCCAUAUAGGGGGGAGCUCAAGUGGGCCAGGAGGAGGAAUGAUUGGAGGACAAGUUAGCAGAGCAGUUGGAGGGCCUAUAGGGAGCCAUAUUGGAGGGUCUACAACCUGUCCAGUCGGAGGGUCUGCUGGUGGAAUUACAUCCGGACUUAUUAAUUCCUCUCGCUGUCAGAGUCCCAUAUCUACUGGCUCAUCCAGCCCUAUGCCUGGUCAGCUUCUCUAUAGCCAGCCACCUCCCAAACCUCCUCAGGUGGCUCCUUUGCAGCAGUUUGCUGGAGGGGGCAGGACUACAAGUGGCUUGAGCCUCUUCCACACCCCUCCACAAGGCUCCCCAUCUUCAUCGAGAGGGCAGCACAGCCAACAGCCUGCUGAGGGUUCCCCAUCUUCCCUGAGCCACUUCAGCCUAUCAGGCCUUCAGUCUGGUUUUCUGCCUCAUCAGUUGUCCCUGGAGAGGUCUGCCCUAGCCUCCCUAGCGCAGUAUGGCUCAGCAAAUGCCUCUCCUUGCCUUACCCCUGUUGCACCCAGCCCUACCAUUCAAAGCCCUGUGGCCAGCAGGACAUUCCACUACAGCGACCCUUCCAGUGCCACAGGAUCCCACAGCUCUCUGCUCAUGCCACAAUCUUCUCUACCUUCACAGCUUCCAGGCCAGCCACAAACAACAGGAAGAGAUUCUCCACUGGGCCGCUUUUCUGAGGACUUGAAGCUUUUAUCCAGCUCGCACCCAUCUUUGCAUCAAGAGGUGUCCCAGGUGUUAGGCCACCAUACGCCUCCCCCCUGUGCUGAAACUGGAUAUUAUCCCUCACCUUUUUCAUCACCCACUCUUGUGCCCAAACCCUGUAGCUCAGUGCCAGGGCGCAUGACUCCUCCAACUCAGACGUCCCCAGGGCACCCGCACCAGACUCAGUCCCCUGGGACCUCCCCAGCCUUGCAUCUACGGAGGGGCUCAGUUGCCUACUCAUCAGAUCUAGAACCUCAAACUGUCCGCUCUAAACUUCCCUCCAAUUUGUGA